GUUGUUGGAAAAGAAAAUAAGCGACACACAGAAAGCUAUGCGCAGGAAGCCGGUGAGUUUACUAGGCCUUGCAUCAAAACGACCAGAAACUCACCCGGCUGACCAGUUUCUCUAUUCAUCUGUACCGGGAUCCCUGUUGUAAAGGUAUUGGGUUCUAGUGUUGUCCAAGAUGGCGGUGCAGCUGCCAAUGCAGAUGGACCCGCUUUUUCUCUCACUUUCUCUUUAUCGGCGGCGAAAACAUGAAGAUUGUGUCGAAGUCUGCACUCAGAUGCUUAAGAAGAAUCCAUACGAUCAGGCUGCAUGGUGCCUGAAGACACGUGCCCUGACAGAACAGGUCUAUGUGGAUGAAGUAGACGUGGAUGAAGAAGGCAUAGCAGAGAUGCUAAUGGAUGACAAUUCAGUCGCACAAUUGCCGAGGCCAGGCACCUCUCUGAAAAAGCCAGGAACUGGCCAAGGCGGGCCCACCCCUGGUGUGAGACCCAUGUCACAGGCUGGUCGCCCCGUUAGUGGUUUUGUGAGACCAGGAACUCAGGGUGGUCGCCCAGGGACUAUGGAACAGGCAAUACGAACACCAAGAACUGCACAGACUGCACGGCCUGUAACAAGUGCGUCAGGGAGACAUGUCAGGCUUGGAACGGCAUCCAUGCUGUCUCAGCCAGAUGGUCCAUUCAUCAACAUCUCUAAACUAAAUUUGUCUAAAUAUGCACAGAGACCUAAUCUUGCAAAGCCAUUGUUUGAGUAUAUAUUUCACCAUGAAAAUGACGUCCGAAAUGCCUUAGAGUUAGCAGCGAAAGCCACUGAAGAAGCACAGUUCAAGGACUGGUGGUGGAAAGUACAACUUGCAAAAUGCUAUUACAGGCUUGGCAUGUACAGAGAUGCAGAGAAGCAACUUAAAUCAGCACUGCGAGACACAGAUAUGAUUGAUACUUACCUCUAUCUCUGCAAAGUCUAUAUCCGCCUGGAUCAGCCUCUCACUGCAAUCGAGACCUUUAAAAAGGGAGUAGAAAAGUUUCCUGGUGAGACCACAUUACUGACUGGUAUUGCUAGAAUACAUGAGGAGUUGAUGGACAUGACAAAUGCAGUCAAGUUGUAUAAAGAAGUUCUUUAUUUUGACAACACCCACGUGGAGGGCAUUGCUUGUAUUGCCACAAACCACUUCUACACAGAUCAACCAGAGAUAGCCAUGAGAUACUACAGGCGUCUAUUACAAAUGGGUGUGUACAAUGCAGAGCUGUUCAACAAUCUCGGGCUGUGUUGCUUCUACUCACAACAGUACGACAUGACGUUAAGCUGCUUUGAGCGUGCACUCUCUUUAGCCUCUGAUGAAAAUAUGGCUGAUGUCUGGUAUAACAUUGGACAUGUGGCACUGGGUAUUGGGGAUUCAGCUCUUGCUUAUCAGUGCUUUCGUCUGGCAUUAGCGGCCAACAAUGACCACUCCGAGGCAUACAACAAUCUAGGAGUGCUCGAGAUGAGGAAAGGACACAAUGACCAGGCCCGUGCAUUUUUACAGGCCGCCGCUGGCCUGGCACCGCACAUGUACGAACCUCACUAUAACCACAGUCUACUCUCGUUCAAAAUUGGAGAUCUUCAAAGUAGUUUUGGUUCCGUGAACAAGUCGUUGGAAGGGUACCAAGAGCACUGUGAUAGCAAGGAUCUUCUAAAGCAGCUACAAGAAGACUUCUCCGCGCUCUGAAUUCCUCCACCCCCCAGACAUGUGUUUCUGGCUUCCCUUACUUUGUCCUGGAAAAUGUUUGAACCUGGAAAAGCCGAGUCGAUUGCGGUGAAGUUUUCGUUCGGUCAAACCUUCCACUCAAACCCAUAGAAGCAGUGCUUACCCCUCCCCCUCCAAAGAAAUAGUGCUUCAGGCUAUGGCGAAUGUAAAAGAUCUCAAAAGCGUUUUCUAGCUUUAAAAAAAUGUAGCUGCCCCCGCCGCGUCCGGGAGGAGUAUUUUAUGAUAUUUUAUUAACGCUUGCCUUGCCUUGCCCCCCCUCCCCCCGCCUUUUCCAUGUAAUGCCUGCGCAUCCCUCUAGGAGCUUUAUUACUCCCCGGUGGAUGAUUCAAAUUACUGUUAUUUAUUAAUUGAUGAUAAAAAUCCCAAUUAAUUUAUGCAAAUACCGUCAAUACUACAAUUAUUUCAACUAGCACCAGUUCUUGUCUAGCCUACCUGCCUCGCAGGCGUUUUUAGGCAGGCGUCGCCUACUCUAGGCGUUGCUAAUGAUAACUUGCACGUUGUAAAUACUACCAGUGUAAAUAAAUAUUACAUCGUA